UGUGUGUGUGUGUGUGUGUGUGUGUGUGUGUGUGUGUGUGUGUGUGUGUGUGUGUGUGUGUGUGUGUGUGUGUGUGUUUCAACCUUUGCCCAGAAGGGUUGGAUAUUCGGAAGACACAAUGAAGUUGGAAGACAUGCCAGUCUGGGCAGGAAGUGCUGUAUUAGUGUAACUGUGCCGUACAUCCAGCCCUCUUUACUCAGGAGAUCAUGAUGAAUACAGACCACCAGUCUGGAAGUCCUACUUGUACCAGCUCCAGCAGGAGGCGCCACACCCACGAAGACUCACGUGCAUCUGUGAGGUACCACGGUAUGGUCUCCCGGGAGGAUGCUGACCAGCUACUGAACCAGGCCGAGGGCAGCUACCUCAUCAGAGAGAGCCAGAGACAGCCCGGCACCUACACACUGGCCCUACGGUUCAGGAACCAGACCAAAAACUUCCGUCUGUACCACGAUGGGAAGCACUUUGUCGCCGAGAAGAGGUUCGAGUCCAUCCAUGACUUGGUCACCGACGGCCUGAUCACGCUCUACAUCGAGACAAAGGCGGCGGAGUACAUCGCCAAGAUGACCAUCAACCCCAUCUACGAGCACGUGGGCUACACCACCCUCAGCUUGGAGCCCACGCUCAAGAAGCACCUGCCGCUGCGCAGCGCCCCCGACCAGCCCGACGGCCUCACCCCCACCAGGGACCGUGGCCACGCCGAGGAGAGGGUGAGGACGCCUAGAAACACAUCCAACAUGCCUUUAUAUACACGCACGCACGCACGCGCGCGAGUCUAGCGUCGCCCCGCCGGAUGCUGCACUUCCUCGUCAAAUGUAUUCGUACUGGUCGUGCAAAAGUGCUGCAAAGGAUCAUGGGAUGGCUUGCGUCGGUGUGACGGCAUUGGUUAACUUUGCGCAAAUGAGCGAAGCUCGAGCAAUUUCAUUGGACCGUGAGCGGUUUUGAGCAGUUCUAUGGUAUUUAAAUUGCUGUGUGUGUGUGUGUCCCGGCUGGGCCAUGUACUCACUGGGCUGUUCACCAGUUUUAGAAUUGCAAUCAAGGGAA